AUGGCAUAUGCAGCAAGCUCACCUUCGGCUCUGGAUGCCGAGACGCAAUCCAGCUUAAAACUUUCUUCUCUCGGCCGCUCUACCUCUUUACACCAUGUUGUUACCUCUUUACCUUCAGGACCCACUCCCUCCUCCGCACCUUCAUUCACAUCUUCACCCUCCUCUACACCCGUCUCAGCUUGCCCUGGUCCGGGCACACCAUACUCAUUUACUCCCGCCGGUACUCCUUACCAAUUCGCCAGCGAGGGGCCUCGUGGUCGAGGCACUGGUUACCCUCUUCCCGUUCCCGCACCCCUCGAGCUCGGCGAAGCUAUGAUGGCGGUCCCCGAAGCGCCUGGUAUCCUUGAUCCUUCCACUACUAGCAAUAAAGCUCCUGGUCUGAUGCGAAGGAUCUCGCGCGGCGCUGCCAACAAGCUUACUCGGAGAAGACAAUCUGCCUCGCAAAACGACAAGCGAGACCGCAGCUCCGGCCCUGUCAUCAUGCGCCGACGCAGCGACAGCAAGACCGGACCCCAACCACGAGAUAUUGCCUUGGACUCAAGCAAUGAAGAUGACACUAGCGAAGCUUUGGACGGCCUUGGCGCUUGGGCUGGCUCCGAACCGUCAAGCCUUCGGAGCGAAAGCCGAAUGAUGUCGGCUAGCGAGGUGGUUGGUACAGCUGGCGUCGCCAUUGCUCCCAAGGUGGAUUCUGCGUUGCAGCGUGGAACCGUGUUGACCAAGGUGACCAAGAAGCACCGCAAGCAGGUCCGCUUUUUCCUGGACCUUGGUGCUGCGAAAGUGUUUUGGGACCUUUCAAAUCCCGCCAAGCGUUUCUACAUUGACGACAUCAAAGAAAUUCGCGUCGGCGCAGAUGCACGGAAUUAUCGUGAAGAGCAUCAAGUUCCAGAAGAUGUCGAGCGUCGCUGGUUUACCAUCGUCAUCGCUGACUCGGAGCGCUUCAAAGGUCGAGCAGUCAAAACCCUGCACUUGAUCGCUCCCAGUGAUCGCGUGCUCGAUCUCUGGACCACCACCCUCGAACACAUCUCCCGAUAUCGGAUCGGCCUCAUGGCUGGACUGGCUGGCUCCGGUCAAAGUGAGGCGGUCCUUCAAGCCCACUGGCAGCACGAGAUGACUCGCCUGUUUCCCCAGGGCAUGCGACCUGGAGAAGAACCAAGUCUUGAUUUCUCUGCCGUGGAGAAGGUUUGCCGCAGCUUGCACAUCAAUUGCUCCAAGAACAUGCUUCGCGCACAAUUCAGUAAAGCUGAUGCUGCCCGCAAUGGAAAACUGAACUUCUCCGAGUUCAAGGACUUCCUCAGGCGGCUUAAGGAGCGAAAGGAUGUUAAAGAAAUAUUCAAGAGCAGAACUGCUGACCAUAAAUCGGGUAUGACUCAAGAAGAGUUUUUGACUUUCCUUUGUGAUGUUCAAAAAGAGGAUGUUGAUUCCGAUCGCGAUUAUUGGGUUGCCAUCUUCGACAAAUUUGUUCGGCGAUCUAAGCGGACCCCUUCUGAUGCGUCAGACAUCAACAUCCCUCCUCCGGCCGUAAUGGACUUGGAUACCUUCUCUGGCUUUUUGACUUCUCUCAACAACGGCAUCUACGCCUCCCGUGCCCCUCAGUCGCGGUUUGACCGGCCAUUAAACGAGUACUUUAUUUCGAGCUCUCACAAUACCUACCUGCUGGGUCGCCAGGUCGCUGGAGCUUCGAGUACCGAGGCUUACAUUAGUGCCCUCCAGCAAGGAUGUCGCUGUGUCGAGAUCGACUGCUGGGAUGGUGCCGAUGGGCGUCCAAUCGUGUCUCACGGACGAACUUUGACGACUAGCGUCCUCUUCGCCGACUGUAUUACUGUCAUCAACCGAUACGCCUUUAUCUCCUGCGACUUCCCCCUCAUUCUCUCUCUCGAGGUGCACUGCAACCCCGAGCAGCAGCUGGCAAUGGUCAAAAUCAUGAAAGAAACCUUCAAGGAUCAGUUGGUCCUCGAACCUCUGAUGACCAACUGCUACGUAUUGCCGUCACCAGAGGACUUGAAGCGCCGUAUUUUGGUCAAGGUCAAGACCUGCGACGAGACCUCUUUGAGCGACUCUCGCACGGGGACUUCUACCUCUGUCGGUACUGUCGGCACGCAUGGGCGUAAGCGCAGUGCCAGCACCCCCUUCGUUCGACCGACGCCGCCUGUCGAUAUCAAUCUCAGACACCAAAUUCCCUCACUCUCUAGCCCGCCCUCGAUUGGAUCCGUUGACGGAAAUGGCCCUUUGAUUUCACAGGACCGACGAUCGCUCACUGCCACAAGCUUGAGCAGUGGCACCGAAGACAGUGACGGUGCAUUAGUGUCAACGCACAGUGAAAAGAAAAAGCGUCGCCGCCAGAAAAGCAAGAUCACUAAGCCUCUCUCUGAUCUGGGCAUAUAUACCCGUGGCUACAAGUGGCAUAGCUUCUCUUCCCCCGAGAGUCGCAAGUACAACCACGUCUACUCUUUCGCAGAGCGUUCGUUUGAGAGCAUCUGCCAGGGCCAUGAUAACAAGGUUGCGCUGGAAACUCACAACCGGAAAUACCUUACUCGUGUCUAUCCCUCGGGCUUCCGCCUCCGUUCUUCCAAUUUCGAUCCAAACAAGUUCUGGCGCCGUGGCGUGCAAAUGGCUGCCCUGAAUUGGCAGACCUAUGACAUUGGCAUGCAGAUGAACCAAGCCAUGUUCGCGGCUGGUACUGAUCGCACCGGCUACGUUCUCAAGCCUGAGAGUCUUCGGCUCGCUCCGCCUGAAUCAGAUGGCCCGAAGCGUAAGAUCGAACGUAAACUGAUCAGCUUCUCGGUCGAUGUCAUCUCAGCGCAACAGCUUCCCCGUCCCCGCACUAUUGGACUGGAGGAUAAUAUCAAUCCGUAUGUUGAAAUUGAGAUGUUCAGCGCCGACGACCGUGGCCAAAGCUUGGUAUUUGGCGAGGGCGGUAUGGAUGCUUCUACUCGAAGUGGUAUGUCUGGCAUCGGAUACCCUCACCGCCGACGCACCAAGAUUGAACAAAGCAAUGGCUACAGCCCCGUGUUCAAUGAUCGAUUCAAAUUGUCUCUAGAGACUAAGUACCCUGAUCUGGUAUUUGUCCGGUGGACAGUCUGGAGCUCCAUGGAUGGCCGCAGUGCAGGCAAUAACAACAGUGUGCAACUGGCAACUUUCACUGCCAAGCUGACCAGCUUGUCACAAGGCUACCGCUACCUGCCUCUCUAUGAUGGAAGCGGUGACCAGUACUUAUUUUCGACAUUAUUCUGUCGCAUCUCCAAGAUGGACCCCGUGCCUGUCCAACGAUUAGAUUUGGAGGAGCUUCGUGCGGAGCGCAUGGGUAUCCUUCGCCAGAUUGGCCAGACCGUCUUCAAGCGUUCCUCGUCCACUGAUCGCGAGAAGGAGCUUUAUGACCGAAGUGAUCCCAUCAGUCCUGAAGACAAAGACAGCUCUCCCAAUCUCACACCAACAGUUUCCACAACCUCAACCUCAUCAUUCGUGCAAUGA